AUGUUCGCUAGAAAAAUCAUCAGUGGUGCGACACCGAUCUCACGUUCACCAAUUUUCCUGACUAAGGGUUCAAUGCACGUGAAGUCGCCAAUCCGUAGCACUUUGGCUUCGACUUCUAUAUCCAGAGAACAUCAUAAUGAUGUAAACUCAGAGUCCAACUCGGAAGUGGUUACAAAGGGAAGAAUGGCAGUGAAAAUGGCAGUGAAGGCUGCGGAGGGGCAAAAGAUUGAGAGGUCAACUGAAGUGACGAGAGAGAAAGCAGAUGGAAACAGUGGGGAGAAGCCCGAGAAGAAGAGGAAGACAAUCGCAGAAAUGGAUGAAGAGCUAAGGGCAAAGAUGGAAGGAAGAGAGGGUGCAGCUGGAGUUUCAUACGAAGGGGGAAAGCCGGUGACAGACGGAUUUGGGAGGGGUGUGAAGAGUAAUAUGUUUAGAGUUAUUUGA